GUGCGUCGAGAAAGUUCGUGUUAAAACUCCAUGAAAUCACCCCAGUAAACAAAAGUUAGCAAACAACGUGUGGGACAUUUUGUUAUACAAAAUGUGUGAUACAACGAAUGCCUCGACGCAGAGCAUAGCGGACUAUUUAGCACAGUUACUGAAAGAUAGGAAACAACUAGCAGCCUUUCCCAAUGUGUUUAUUCACGUUGAGCGUCUCUUGGACGAAGAAAUAGCGAAGGUUCGUGCUAGUCUGUUUCAAAUAAAUGGAGUCAAGAAAGAACCUCUCGUAUUGCCAGAAGCUGACGGACCCGUUACAACGCUCACAGAAAAAGUAUAUGUGCCAGUCAAAGAACAUCCAGAUUUUAAUUUCGUGGGAAGGAUUCUGGGCCCCCGUGGAAUGACAGCUAAACAGUUAGAACAAGAAACAGGCUGCAAAAUAAUGGUCAGAGGGAAGGGCUCAAUGAGAGACAAAAAGAAGGAGGAUCAAAACAGAGGAAAACCCAAUUGGGAGCACCUUUCAGACGAUCUUCACGUACUUUUAACGGUGGAAGACACCGAAAAUAGAGCACAAAUCAAGCUGCAAAGGGCAGUGGAAGAAGUCAAAAAAUUGCUCGUCCCACAAGCUGAUGGAGAGGACGAGUUGAAAAAAAGACAGUUGAUGGAGCUUGCCAUAAUAAACGGAACGUAUCGGGAUUCUAGUUCUAAGGCCGUUUCAGCAACAGCUUGCGACGAAGAAUGGCGGCGUGUGGCGGCGGCGGCGGCCGAAACGCAACGAUUGCUCUCGCCGGCCAUCCCCGGCCUAGCCACCCCCCUUCGAACCCCUGCCACCCCACUCGGUGCUCCCCUCAUACUUUCACCCCGUAUGUCAGUACCAACAACGGCAGCAUCCAUUCUUAAUGGUUCUGCCCCUCCAGGUUCCCUCUUGUCCCCCGGGGAUCCCCACGGCCUCAUAUACACACCCUAUGCGGACUACACGAAUUACGCCGCCUUGGCAGCGUCUCCCCUACUAACGGAAUACGCAACGGCCGAUCAUUCUGGUGCAGCGGCAGUAGCUGCGAAACAGCGCAGGCAUUUGGGGCAAAUAAGGGAGCAUCCUUACCAAAGAGCUGGUGCUCUGUCAUAAACCUAAAAGGCUUGGAGUGCUAACCUGUCACCUGCGCCACUCCACUAACGGAAACACCGGACCAUCUGAGGUAGCGGUACGUCUAACAUUACAUCACUAACAUUUUUUUCACUCCGUCAUCGUGCAUUGUGUACUAAAGAAAGGAAACGUAAUCUUUGGAAGCAAUAACAUUGUAAGUGUGUUUGUUACGUCCCGAGCAAAAUUACACGGAAUCUCAAUCAGUUGUUUUCGAAAGAAUCUCAAACCAGAUCUGUCCGUAGAGUUUUGCUUGCUCUUUUUUACACAUACCUGAGAGAUUGUGGAUAUUGUCAAUAUCCAGUUUUACUAAUACUUGUUACAAUUUUUCUGUAAAGUACAAACUUUUUGCGUGCCAAUAAUGUUAAUCGUGCACAUGUAAAAUAGAUAGAGAAUUAGGAAAAUUCUGUUAGGUGUGGCACUUUUAAUUGAAUCUAAACUUAGUUGAACUGUACUUACUGAAUUUUCCUGUUUUCGAUUUGAUCAGUUUGUGAAAAAAUUGCAAUGUAAGGUAGGUAUGUUUAAGUUACUUAAAGAUGUAGAUGUUAUUUAUGCAAAGGUCGAACAAAUUGAUAUUAUGUAGGACAAUAAUAAUCGAUUCAUUUUUAUACUUUUGGAAAUUAGUUUCAAACGUUGAAGGAGGGCUCUAUUUACUUUUAAUUUUUAAAAAGUAUCAGCGCGGUGUUUUAUAUUAUUUAUUGUUAAUUUUUUAGUUUCUCAAAUUUAUUUAAGCAAUACGUGCGGAUUAUCUCAUUUUUUUCCGUCCAAAGUAAGCAAUAAAUAUCAAAUCUAGAAUCAUACUCAUUUUGUUGUAACGAGAAUCUUUACCUUUUUUCGUGCAAUAGUGUUACUAUCAGACAUGUGCAAUUUGUAGAGAAUGUUUUAUUGAAAAUUGUUUUCGGACAUGAAAUUGUUUUGCUGAGAGUACUUUAAAGAUUUUUUAACUAUUAUAAAUAUUUACAUUAUGUUGUACUUAGAUUAGAGAUUAAUUUCGUUUUCUCAGAGUUUUAACGAAUUGUAUAUUAAAACAGUAAUCUAUUAACAAAUUCGCAUUGUUAAUCGAACUACUCUUUUGAUAUACACUGUUCAUACUCAAGUGCUAAAAUUAUUUUAACAAAGUAAUAAUGGCAUUAAUUAAUGAGGUAGCUUAUCAAAUACCUAUUAAUUUUAUAUGAUAUGUUAAACUAGAUGUAAUUUAUGUGUCAUAUUAAUAAUAUUUAAUGUUAUUAAUUCUUGUUGUACUUCAUAAGCCAAUUUUCAGCCAAAUUAUUGGCUACUGAGAUUAUGGUAAUGUAUUAUUUGUGCACCAGUUUAAUAAAUAUAUUAACUAAACGUU